AUAUGGGUCUUACCGUAUGUUGCACCGGAAGUUUUAUGUGGCGAAAAUUAUAGUACUGCCUCUGCCAUAUAUUCAUUUGGUAUUGUUAUGAAUACUCUUGCAACCGGAAAAAGACCUUGGUAUAAUAGAGCACAUGAUAUUAAUUUGGCAAAAGAUAUUUGUAAUGGUAAAAGACUUGAAAUUUCUGAUGAUACGCCUAAUUUCUAUGCAGAAUUGAUACAACAAUGCUGGGAUAAUGAUCCAGAAAAACGUCCAACUGCAUCCUAUUAA